AUGUCCAAUACUGCUGGUUCAAUUUUGAACCCACGCACCUCAACUUAUGAAUUUAGUGGAGUUAAGGGUGCGACAUUGAUCACCCUUGGCUUGCCAUUACUAGUAAUAAUCUUGAACCAAUUAAUUCGACCAGAUUAUUACAUAAAAGGAUUUUUCGAAAACUUCGAAUUUGAACAAUUAUUUUACAAUAUUAAACCCAUAUCAUAUUAUAUUUUCCACAAUGGUAGGAUCUGGUGUUAUUACAUCUUAUGGUUUGUUAUAUUAGCUAUAUUAGACGUCAUUUUGCCAGGAUACACCAUGUAUGGUGUUGCAUUAAGGGAUGGCAGCAAGUUAAAGUAUAAUAUCAAUGGAGUAAGCAUUUCGAUCUUUUUAAUCAUGGUUGUAGUAUACAGAUGGAAAUUAACCAACGGAGAAAUGCCUGAAUUGCAAUUUUUAUACAACAAUCAUAUUGAUAUUUGUUUAACUACGAUUCUUUUUUCCUUUUUAUUAUCCACUAUUGUUUACAUAACAAGUUUUUUCCCAACAACUAAAUCUGAAAACAACAAAAAGGGAGAACGUAUCUUAGCUGUAGGUGGAAAUAGUGGCAACGUAAUUUAUGAUUGGUUUAUUGGAAGAGAAUUAAACCCCAGAUUGGGUCCUUUGGACAUUAAAUUAUUUUGUGAAUUAAGACCAGGUAUGUUGUUAUGGUUAUUGAUCAACUUGUCGUGCCUACACCAUUAUUAUUUACAAAACAAUGGCAAAAUCAAUGAUUCAUUAUUGUUAAUCAAUGUCUUGCAAGGUUUCUACAUUUUUGAUGGCGUUUUGAAUGAGGAGGGAUGUUUAACCAUGAUUGACAUUACCACCGAUGGUUUUGGUUUUAUGUUGGCGUUUGGCGAUUUAGCCUUAGUUCCCUUCACUUAUUCUUUACAGGCACGUUAUCUAAGUUGUUCUCCGGUUACAUUAGGCUUUGUUAAAUGCUCCCUUAUUAUUUUUGCCAUGGUUAUGGGCUAUUAUAUUUUCCAUUCGGCAAAUAAACAAAAAUCAGAUUUUAGACAAGGAAAAUUGGAUGAUAUGGAAUGUAUUCAAACCAAAAGGGGAACAAAAUUGCUAUGUGAUGGAUGGUGGAAAACCUCUCAGCAUAUCAAUUACCUAGGUGAUUGGUUGAUCAGUUUAAGCUGGUGCUUGACUACUUGGUUUCAAACACCAUUAACCUACUACUAUUCACUAUAUUUUGGCAUUUUGUUAUUACACAGACAAACAAGAGAUGAACAUAAAUGCAGAAACAAAUAUGGGAAAGACUGGGAAAUAUAUGAAAAGAAAGUUCCCUACAAAAUAAUUCCGUAUGUGUAUUGA